AAGACCUAAACACUCAUGGGGCAUCGUGUGGCUAUAGGGGGGCCACACGGAUUCUGGCGAGGGAACACGUGUGCAUGCAACAUGCACACAUUCUGGCCCUACCUACGAGAUCCGCCGUGUGGUACCUCCGCGUUCGACAGUCAGAGAUCGUCUACCACAUACGGAAAAUCACAACAUCUAUACCCAAGAGAAAAAUUCUCUUGGGACGGGAUUCGAACCCGCGCAGCGCACUGCGACUGAUUAGGCGACCGUGGCGCCUACCACUACGCCACCGC